AUGUCUCAGCAAUACGCCAAGGAUCAGCCCGAGGGCUUUGUCAACAAGCUUGAACGGGUUGCCAUCAUCGGUGCUGGCGGAAGUGUUGGCAAAUACCUAGCCAAGCACAUCAUCGACACCGGAAAGCACACAGUCACCGCAAUCACUCGCAAGGGAAGCACCAACACUGUUCCCCAAGGUGCCCAUGUCAUUGCAGUCGACUAUGAAGAUGAAAGCUCCCUCGUCGAGGCCCUCAAGGGACAACAGUUCCUCGCCAUCUCCCUUUCCGUCCAAGCACCUCCCGGUACCCAAGAGCGAAUUGUCCGCGCUUCUGCCACUGCGGGUGUACCUUGGAUUAUGCCCAACGUAUACGGUACCGACGUUACCAACAAGUCCCUCGCUGAUGAAAACAUGACUGGUGGGGGCAUCUUCCCCGGCAUCAACGCUAUCGAGGAAGCAGGCGUUUCGUCAUGGAUUGCCAUGUGCUGCUCUUUCUGGUACGAGUUUUCCGUCUGUCAGGGCCCUCAAUGGUAUGGUUUCGACUUUAGCAACGGCCAGAAGAAGGUUACUUUCUACAACGACGGUAACACCCAGAUCAAUACUUCAACCUGGGACCAGUGUGGUCGGGCUUUUGCUUCCCUUCUCAGUCUAAAGGUCAUCCCCGAUGACGAGAACGACAAGUCCCCCGCGAUUUCCCAGUGGCGAAACAAGCCCCUCUACAUCUCCAGCUUCCUUCUCUCUCAGCGGCAGAUGCUUGACAGUCUCCAGCGCGUGACCGGCACCACAGACAAGGAUUGGACUAUUGAGCAUGAGGAUGUCAAGAAGCGAUGGCAGCGUGGUGUUGACAUGGUCAAGAGCGGUGAUCAUUCUGGUUGGGCGCUCGCUAUGUACGCGCGAACAUUCUUUCCCAAUGGUGAUGGCAACUUUGGAGCCAAGUAUGGGCUUGCUAAUGAGGCUUUGGGAUUGCCUAAGGAGGACUUGGAUAAGGCCAGCGCCAAGGCUAUUAAGAUGACUGAGGAUAACUACAACUAUUUUAUGAACCGGAGUCACUAA